UCGGCCCAUAGCUCCUGCGGCGGGGGCCGGCGCGCGGUGCAGUGACCGUGUCCCUGAGAAGUGGCCGGAGCGCGGUGCAGUGACCGUGUCCCUGAGAAGUGGCCGGAGCGCGGUGCAGUGACCGUGUCCCUGAGAAGUGGCCGGAGCGCGGUGCAGUGACCGUGUCCCUGAGAAGUGGCCGGCGCGCGGUGGAGUGACCGUGUGUCUGAGAAAUGGCCGGCGCGCGGUGCAGUGACCGUGUCCCUGAGAAGUGGCCGGCGCGUGGUGGAGUGACCGUGUCCCUGAGAAGUGGCCGGAGCGCGGUGGAGUGACCGUGUCCCUGAGAAGUGGCCGGCGCGCGGUGCAGUGACCGUGUCCCUGAGAAGUGGCCGGCGCGCGGUGGAGUGACCGUGUCCCUGAGAAGUGGCCGGCGCGCGGUGGAGUGACCGUGUCCCUGAGAAGUGGCCGGAGCGCGGUGCAGUGACCGUGUCCCUGAGAAGUGGCCGGAGCGCGGUGGAGUGACCGUGUCCCUGAGAAGUGGCCGGCGCGCGGUGGAGUGACCGUGUCCCUGAGUAGUGGCCGGCGCGCGGUGCAGUGACCGUGUCCCUGAGAAAUGGCCGGCGCGCGGUGCAGUGACCGUGUCCCUGAGUAGUGGCCGGCGCGCGGUGCAGUGACCGUGUCCCUGAGAAGUGGCCGGAGCGCGGUGGAGUGACCGUGUCCCUGAGAAGUGGCCGGAGCGCGGUGGAGUGACCGUGUCCCUGAGAAGUGGCCGGAGCGCGGUGCAGUGACCGUGUCCCUGAGAAAUGGCUGGAGCGUGGCUUCCAGCGGCGGGACCCGCAUGGGAAUGCUGGGGCUACUGCGAAACCAUUGCUUCUUCUCUCUGCCCUCGAGGCCAGCCGUGACCCGAGGCGUCGGCUUGCCAGAUAGGGACCAUCUGGAAGCUGCUGGCCACGUAUGUCUUCUGAAAGAUGCCUGUGACCUGGAAAGCUCAUCUGAAAUUGCCCGCUUCAUCGAGGCCGAGAACUUGGAGGCAGCACUGGCUCUUCAUCUGUACAGAGGAGGCCGACUCCUGCGAGGUCAUGGAAUCCCAUUUGGAAUCAUCUUUGGUGGAACUGAUUUAAAUGAAGAUGUUAACCACAGAGAAAAAAACGAAGUGAUGGGAAAGGUCCUCGAAGAAGCCAGAUUUGCUGUCGCUUUCACAGAGUCCAUGAAGGAAGCGGCGCAGACACAGUGGCCGCAUGCCAGGGGGAAGAUCUACGUCCAGAGUCAAGGAGUCGUGACUGUACCAAACGCUGCCUUCAGCUGGGACACCUUCCUCCGCCGCUCAGGGAUUAACCAAAGUGCUGAUAACUUAUACAUCUUUCUCCUGGUGUGUGGCCUUAGACAAGUUAAGGACCCUCUUUACUUGGUGGAUGUGUUCUCAGAAUGGCAUCGUGAAGAGCCUAACGUCUACAUGGUGAUCGCAGGCCCCGCAGUCGACCCAGUGUUCACGAGAGAAGUGAAGGCCAGAGUAAAGAGGACGGCCGGGGUGCGGCUGCUUGGAGAGAUGCCCCAGGAGGACCUGCACGCGGCCCUGAAGAACUGCUUUGCGGUGGUGAACAGCUCCGUGUCUGAGGGCAUGUCCGCUGCCAUCCUGGAGGCCAUGGACUUGGAAGUGCCGGUGCUGGCCCGGAACAUCCCCGGGAACGCUGCGGUGGUGAAGCACGAGGUCACAGGCCUGCUGUUUUCAGACCCUCAGGUCCCAAGGCACGGCGCUCAGCCCCGGCCACAGCGACCUUCCCCCAAGCCCCGAGCUCCUGGAGAACAACGGAGGUUAUGAAACGCCCCCCGACUUUCACGUUCUGGCAAGGACCCACUGCAGAGGACCCCCUGCCGGAUACAACUGGGGUGCACUCACGGCCCGCGCCCCGUCCCUCUGCCAGCCCCACCCACACAAGCCCACGCGCCCAAACCCACAGCUCCCCUCGGCGCCGAUGCUCCCAGUGUUCUCCGUGUGUCCGAAUCCCCGAGAAUCCUUCCCGGUAACACCCCCCCGGCACUAAGCAGGGUUGGUCUCCCACCGGCGGCUCCUGCUUGGCAGCAUGCCCGUGCUCACAGCAGCCCCACGGCGUCAUCCUGUCUCCCCCCGUCUCUCCCUAUCCCUGAUGCUACCUCUGUGUCCCUACGCUAGGGCUGGGACAAGUGUUCGACCCAGGGCAGAGGGAGUGGAGGGGCCGGAGCGCGCCGCCCAAAAUACGGCCCUGCGGGACCCGGGUUCUUGAGCUGGAGACCGCUGGCAAUGAACGGUGCAGAAAGAAGGCUUCUCGGAGCUUCCCUGAUCUGGCUAAGAGCAGACACUUCUGAGAAAUGAGGUCGGCCAUAAAUCCCCCCACCCCAGGGGAGAGUGAGAGCCGAGUUGGCCGCCACAGAUGAACUUGACUGAACAGCCCUGACCUGCUGUGAGUUCCCAAGUGCAUUUACCGCCCCCCACUUCACCGCCCUAGAUGUUCAAGACCCUUUGUUCCGACGGGUUUUGUAGAAGUCUGCAGAUCUGACCACCACUUUGGGGCGCUCGUUUCAUGUCUGUGAGCGCCCCUCCAUGCAUAAGAAAUAAACCCUUUCUUCCUCUUCAUGGGACUUGAUUUGCAGGCCCUCAGUCCAAGAACCUACGAGGGGUUCCCCCUCUCGGAGCCGUCAGUUUUAACAUAAGCACUUUUAUUUGGACUCACAUAGUUAAAACAGUUAUUUCGCAAUAAGUAGAUGGAGAUGCAAUUUCGCUCCAUAGGACUUAAAUACAGUAAGACGUGUUUCUAGAAUAUUUUCAAUAGUUUGGAAACAACUAUUCUUUGAAUAACUUCAUAAACUCAGAUUCUGCCUUUA